GGAAGCGGAGGUGCCGAAGCCAGUUCUCUCCUUCAGUGCCUCUUCGCGUUCUUCACCUUCGAGCGGACGGUGCAAGGCGCUUGGUGUAGACAGGGAAAGAAAAGGAAGAGGUCAGCCAAGCAGGCAGGUUAGUGUGGCUGAUUGAUAGAUAAAGGAAGGGAGAGCGCCGGAUCUGUCUGUACCUGUACCAACAAGCUUUUCGGUCGUCAUCAUGGGACCACCUACAGUCGACCAGGCUUACUCCGACGCCGUGGAGGCUGCCAGGGCGGACUUGGGCGCCUUCAUCAAGGAGAAGAACUGCGCGCCAAUUAUGGUCCGCCUGGGCUGGCACGACGCCGGGACCUACUGUGCGAAGUCGAAGACCGGUGGUGCUAAUGGCUCCAUCCGCCAUACCGAAGAGAAUUCCCAUGGGGCCAACAUGGGUCUGACCAUUGCCUUGAAGUGGAUAGAGGAGUUUAAGGCCAAGUACCCAAUUUUGUCGUAUGCGGAUCUCAUUCAGCUGGGCGGCUAUGCAGCGCUGGACGUGACAGGCGGCCCGAAGAUCGAGUUCACCCCGGGUCGCCAGGAUUGCGACAAGUGCACUGAAGAUGGCCGGCUGCCCGAUGCCACGAAGGGUCCCGACCAUCUGCGCGAUGUCUUCCAUCGCAUGGGCAUCACCGAUCAGGAGAUUGUCCUCCUCUCCGGUGCGCAUACGUUGGGCAGGUGUCACAAGGAGCGGUCGGGAUUCGAGGGGCCUUGGACCACUAAACCCCUGGUUUUCGAUAACAGCUACUUCACUGAGCUCCUGACUGGCGAGAAGGAGGGGCUUCUUCAGCUACCAACUGAUAAGGCUUUGAUUGAAGACCCCGUCUUCAAACCCUGGGUGGAGUUGUACGCCAAGGAUCAGGACAAAUUCUUUGAAGAUUACGCGCGUGCGCACAAGAAGCUGUCGGAGCUCGGGUUCGUGUACUGAGAAAAGGGGCAGCUGCCGCUCAAAAUGAAUUAAGUUUUUCUUGUUUCCUUGUUUUCUUUCGCUUUUCGCUUCGGCGCUCUGAUAUCAUGUGACGAUAUAUAUAUACAUAUAAACUCCGACGAAACAGUUUGUCACAGCCCCUCGUUUGUUGUCCUCUUCUCCCUCUCUGCCUACGGUUUACCGGGCAGUUAUGUUUGACGAUAUAUAGAGUUGGAUUUAACUGGGGGCAGUGGCCUGUAGAUAUAUCUCUAGACUGCCGCCCUUCUCAGAAAGAAAGGGGAAAAAAAAAGAUUUCCGUUUGCAUUUGGAGACUCUGUUGGAGAGUUUGGACGGAAGGGCAGGAAGUUGAAGUUUUGUUUUGACGUUGGAAGCUGUGGACAAGUCACAAGUUUCGAAAAGAAAAAACAGAGCAAAGAGUUGAGCUUGUUUCAGUUCUCGCUGUUUUCGUUCUUCUUGGAACUUGGCCCCUUGUUUUGUUUCUGGGGAUAGACCCAGAGGAUGAAAGGCUAAGCCCCUGCCUGCUCUCCACUUGUCACGUCAGAACGACGGUCACCUGGGAAGCCACCUGUCACCUACCGUCCUAUCUUUUUCUUUCUUUCUUUUUUCCCCCUUUCAUGGUGUUGCCUUUCUGUGCACUUGCUGCUUCCUCUCCUCCUCCCUGUUCCCUUCUCUUUGUGCUUUCUUUUUAAAGCGGCAAUCUUUUAUCGGGCUGGGAAGAAGGCCCAGCGGAGUCCCUCGCAACAUUUACCACAGUUGUGCGAGCUGAGCAAUGCUCUCGGGCCAAGCACAGCCGGCACGCUGCAUGCCUUUUUUUUUUCCUUGGGAAAACUAGGGCGCUGUCACGGUUUCGGUUUGAAAAAGUGCGCUUCAGUCACCAUUUUGACAAUGUUGUGUCGAACCUAGCUUUAGGUGUGGGUGGUGGAAUGCGUUGUAUUCGGUGGGUGGUGGAAUGCGUUGUAUUCGAGGGAUGCCGGAACUGGAAAAUCGCGAAUGCAUACAACCUAGCGUUAGGUAUGGGUGGGGGGAUGCAUUGUAUUCGAGGGACGCCUGAACUGGAUUUUAAAGGGAAAUCGUGACUAAGCCCUAGUUAACCCUUAAAAAAAAAAAAAAAAAAAAAAAAAAAAAAAAGAAGCUAUACUCUCCUCUCAAUUUCACCUCACACUAGUACCUACCUACCACUGCUCCUAAUUGUGGGCAUACGGGAACCCCGUAGCAGCCAGAACAGUGUUCACGAGAGAACAUGCGGGGGCUGCUCCUGACCUGCAGGUGGGCGAUACUGGCUAGGGGACAGCAGGUAGCAUCAGGGACAAUGGCAAAAGGACAAAUCCCUGUGCCUCCCCUUGGGUCCCCUCCCCUAAGAACAUCAGCAGACUCGGCUCAAUGCCGAUCGGGGGAUCCAGCGGUCUAUUUCUAGGUGGUGGGCGCCAAGCAUGCCCAGGAAGGCGGCGGAUAAAGCGGGAGUGGUUUUAUAGAAACCACUUGGACGGAUGAUAUGGGCGUUGGCUGAACACUUGCCAUUCUUCCAAUUGCCAGGCGAUAGGUGGUCCACACUGACAAGAAUGGAAGACCUACCAUCUUUCCCCUAACAGAAUGCACUCUCAUUUGGGUUGGCUUGUCUACGUUCAUUUUUAGGGCACCCUCGUUUGGUUGUGGCUUGUAUACUUUCGUUAUCAGGGUGCGUUGUGUUCCAGGGAAGACGGUAGUCUCUCAGCAGGGCUCGGAGACACUUUUGUAAGAAUAAGAGUUGUGGAGGACAAAAAGAGAAUUAUACCACAGGUACUCCCGGAAGUUGCGGCGUGCAUGCAGCCAGCAGCCCAGGCCCGUGCAUCUCAGCACGUCGUGGCGUGCAUCAUACGGCUGCGACUUUUUUUCUUUUCUUUUUAGUACCGGCUGCGACUCUCGGAAGCACUCAGCUGGUAGAGUUCAUGUAUAUGAACCAACUCUCGGAAGCACUCAGCUGGUAGAGUUCAUGUAUAUGAACCAAGCAUCCCAAUCGGUCAGCCAAGUGCUGUUUGCUCUGUUGGAGUUGGAAUGGGAAUGGGGUGGGAGCCAUAAAAUGACAGACUGGAAGUCGAGGCCAGCGCUGCAGGCCCGCGCAUCCCAGGAGGUCGUGGCGUGCAUGCGGCCGUGAGUUUCAGAGGCACUGGUAGAGUUCAUGUAUAAGAACCAAGGUUACCAAGCAUCCCAAUCAGUCAGCCAAUUGCUGGUUGAUCUGUUGGAGAUGGAAUGGGAAUGGGGUGGGAGCCAUAAAAUGACAGAUUGGCAGUACACUGUCGAGGAUGGAUACGGGCCCAGUAGGACCCUGCUGCACCGGGAGAAGAAAAGAAUUAUGAGUUGGGAGAGGGAUUCUCCCCUCGUGGACUUUCAGCACUUCACUUGGAUACCGUAUACUUACAUCCGGCCUGUCCUACGCAGGGCACACAGCAUCCGGCCUGUCCUAUGGCAGGUACUGUGCCCUUUCGUCCCCCAAAACAGGGGCAAGCCUGGAACACUGCCUCCUGACCUGUCCUAUGCCACCUAUGGUGAGGCAGUUGUGGAGAUGGUGGGAUGCAGCAUGGCACUACCUAACAGGACCACGUUUGCCUUGGGACACCAAAACCCUUGUGAUGGGGGACAUGGCACACCAGGGUAACCAAUGGAAUGCGUUCAUGUGCUCAAAGACGUCAGCUUGACACUACCAAGGGCAGCCCAGAGAGUUGGAUAUUCUUUCUAAAGGAAUCAGCAUAACUACGGUUUUAUGCAGGCAAAAGCAACAACUGUGGACACACGUACUGCGAAGACUCGGGAUGCGGCACACUAACUGAAACUCAGACACAGGGAUGAAAGGGACAGAAAGAAACAAGCAACAAGCAGAAAUGAUCAGCGGUUUUUGGAACGUAUGGGUAGAUGCAGAGAAAAAAAUUCGGAGACUUCGGGCCUGGCUUCGCUAAGCACCACAUGCGCAAAAGACAAAAUAUAUGGCGGUGUAUCUUUCCAUGUACCAGUGGACGAUUCAUUCUCAUUUUGAAGGUGUAUCUUUCCAUGUUCUAGCUGAGGAUUCAUUCUCAUUUUGCACGUUUGACUCUGGGGUUCUUAAACCACCAGUACCUCCACCACUAGGCGGCCGCGGGGCCUUCACUGCGACUUUUGGACGCCCUCACUGCGACUUAGGCCGUUAAUGAAAAAUCUCAACAGCCCCAAGAAAGUUGUGUCGUUAACGGUAACGCCCCGUGUGAGAGACCGCUCAAAUAUACAUAACUUUGGGCAAGCUCCUCCUGCUAUGUGCUUUGGUGUCACUGGCGGCAAUUUUGAUUGUAUUUAGUCAUUAGUAUUCCGUAUCUGGGCAUAUGUUUCGUUUGGUGCACUCUUCCUUUGUUUUCUUCUAUGCAAAACCUCGUGUAGUGCAGUAGUUUGCUCAUACUCUGGAUUCGGUCGUAAGGUUGGAUUCAGGCAACCCUCCAUCCCUAUUCCCAUAUCAGAGCCGUAGUAUAACAUAGUAAUUCCAAAAUUGCGUGUAACGUUUUAUCUCACCGAAUCUUACCUAAUCUAGAGGCUAUUUCAAGGAAUCUUCACUGCAGGUUCUCGACUUUAGGUUGGUUGGUAAAUGUCGAAGGUUGGGGGUUGUUCGUAGAAGGCAACGGAACUAUUGGAGGUGGUGGGAGACCUAAUGGUUGUGGGAACGUUGCUGACCUACUGUGGCACAACUGAAUAGCAUUUAGCUGUCAAGAGAGCAAACUUGGGUUGUACCCAUUGAGAUCUAGGGUGCCUGGGAGAUGGCAGUUCCUGCAGAGGUCCAAGGGUGCAAGGUGGGAAACCUCGUCACGGCAACCCAGGCUCCCCACGACUACUAGCUGCCGCUCUGUCGGGCCAGUAUUGGUGCUGUAUUCCUUUGGUGGAAAUUACUUGAUCUGCUUGUUGGGCGAAUCCUUGUCUUCAACUCUCCAGAUUCCUUUCUAGUUCACAAUCUGUUAUUUGGCUUUGUUCAUUAGGGUUUAGUCAUACCAUGACUAUUAUAAUUUCAAGUGGCGGUUUGCCGUUUUCUGGCCAUCUGCAUAGGCUGGACUUAUAGGCUUGCUACGGAUUUUUCAAACAUGGAUGUUGAAUUGGUGACAGCUUAAGGGUGCUGUUGAUUGAGACAUGUAAGAUUACAAUUCCAUAGG